ACAAUGAGCUGGGAAAUCAGCUGUGCAGAUAUGUGUCGUGCAUGCAUGAAGGUAGACGGCGUUCUUCUGCCUAUGUAUGAUGAUGAUACAAUUAGUCAGAAAAAUUUGCCGGAUAAACUAGCUGAACUUGUAUCGAUACAGAUUGAUAGAUUUGAUGGUCUACCAAAUAUGCUGUGUGCAAAAUGUGCAUAUCGCACGGAUGCAUUUUAUGAUUUUAAGCUACAAGUUCAAGCCACAGAGAAAAAACUUCGUAAGAUGUUUCAAACACAUAUACGUUGGGCCAUAAAGGACGAAGUAAUGAUGAAUGAUAUUGAACAAGACUACGUAGAUCAAGCAAAUGAGUUACCAGAAAUGAGACUGGUAGAUAACAAAGAAGAUAUUAAGUCUUUAAACACCGUAGAUAGCUCGGACGAAUUUCUACCCGAUGAAAUUAACAUAACUGAAAAAGAUGAACACGUGUUAGAGUUCGAUGUCUCCCAGUUGGUGGACGAAAGCGGUGAAUUUAAUAAGGGUGAUAUAUCCGAAUUAAGAAACAUUCUUAUUUCAAAACUGCCACGGACAGAACUUGAUCAAGAGAAACAAAUAAAAGACGAGAUACCAAAUGAAAUUUCAAAAAUCUUAGAGUCUGAACACUUAGAUUACACAAUAAUGUAUAUACCAGAGGAAGACAUUCCUUUGGAACAUAUGAAUGCUGAGAAUGUACUUUCUUGUGAAACAGAAGCUACCAUUAGAUUCGAAGAUGAGAAAAAAAUCCUCGAAGCUGGUACUGAUGGUGAGGUCUUAAAUACGCCGACAGACAACGAGAAAUUUCUAAAUGUGGUGUGCAUUGAAAAGUCCGAGGAAACAGAAGUUACCGAAAACAACAAUGAACAGUCUUGGGAAUCUACGAUUCCGGAGCGAAGUUCCAGGGGAAAAGUACACGGGACAGAAAAACAGAAAGUUUCAUUAAAAUUGAAGCCACAGACGGAAGAGAGCGAUGACUCCGAUUCUGACUAUUUCGUUGACCCGAAAGACAAUAUAUUGGGUAGUUUGAACGAUACGAUCACAAGAAUAAAAGAGAUAAAACUCGAAAACAAUUCGAUACAAUACCAAUGUACUUUAUGCCUCCAAAAUUACGAUAAAUUGACUGGUGUCUUAUUACACACUAUAGACAAUCAUGUACCAAGCAGUGGACCAUUCUUUUGCGUAGUGUGUGAGAAAGAUUGUGAAAGUCAUAGAGAAUUGCGAGCACACGUAAAAACACACACGGGCCAAUUUCCAUAUUCUUGUUUUAUAUGCAACAAAGCUUAUACGAUGAAGAGGUAUUUAAAGAGGCAUAUGGUGUGCCAUACAGAUUUUCCAAGACACCGUUGUCCGAAAUGUGGGCUCAGGUUUAAAGUUAAAUCGGAGUUGGAGUCUCAUAUCUCAACACAUAUACGCGGCGCGCCUUAUGCUUGUAGUCAGUGUCCACGAUUGUUUAACCACAAGGGCAAUUACAAACGACAUUUAAUCAGUCAUUUAGAUCCGCAAGGUCUUCAUCUACCUAAAUACCCUUGCAAAGUUUGUGGAAAAAGAUUUCUGAAUAAUCGCACUCUGGAGACACACAUGCGCGUUCAUACCGGGGAAAAACCAUUCAAGUGUGAAGUAUGCGGAAGGUCGUUUUCGCAGCAAGGAAAUCUAUUGAAUCACGUCAGAAUUCACUCAAAUCCGCGAAGUUACACGUGUGAAGUUUGUGGAAAACGAUUCAAUCAAAGGGCAACCUUAAGGGACCAUAGUUUACUUCACACAGGAGAAAAGCCGUAUGUCUGCAACGUUUGCGGUAUUGCAUUUACAUUCAGUGCAGCUCUAAGACGCCACAUGUGGACUCAUACCGGUGGGAAACCGUUCGGAUGUGAAAUUUGUGAUGCUCGUUUCGUUGGGAAGUACGACUUACGAAGACACAUGAGGAUACACACUGAUAGGCCAAGAGCUAAACGGAGAAAAACAGCGAUUAAAUCGAACGAUGCUCAAGGAAAAGAUAAAGAAGAAAGUGUUACGCUCUCUGAGAACCCUGAUACGGAAAUACGCUCUUUUUAA